AAUUUAACUGCAUCGAUACCCACUGCUACAAACAUGGCUGUCUCAGUGCUACGGCUGACAGUUGUUUGGGGACUGCUUGUCUUAAUUCUGACUUGCCAAGCCGAUGACAAACCAGAGAGCAAGUCAAAUGACAAGCCAGAUGACUCGGGCAAAACCCUAGAACCAGGCUUUCCAAAAUUCCUAAGCCUCUUGGGCUCGGAGAUCAUUGAGAAUACGGUGGAGUUCAUCGUCUGCUCCAUGAUGAGGAGCAAGACACCUGCAUGGCUCCAGAAUAAGUCAAGGACACCUGAAUCCUGCUUUUCCAGUUCUUUGUUUCACAAGUCCUCCAGGACAGAGACCUCAAUGCAGCUUCCAGCAAGUUCUCAGGAUUCAGGUCCUGGCUUCAACCAAAGACAGCUUCUUUUGAACAUCCUGACUUUGCAUUUUUGCUUCUAGAAGUCAAAAUAAUUGUGUCCUCUUUGGGGACACAUAUCCUACUUCAUUAAUAUUUUUGUUGGUGGAAGUAAUUUUUCCUGAAGCAUGUUUAAAGUUUUUAAUGAUGCAAAAAAUAUGAAAUAUAUAAAAAUUAUUAUCCAGAAUAACUGAAGAACAUUUCAAAUUAAGAAAACUAAAUUUCAGAUAACAUAAGGCCAAAGUCACAGAACCAGUAAGCAACAGAAAGAUUUGAACCUGACUCCAAAGAAAAAACCCUUAACCCCUAAAAAUGCAUGAGGUGAAUUUCAGAGUUAAAAGUUUCAUAAACCCUUUUAGGAAAAGUUUUUCAAAAAAUCUGAGCCUACACUCCUGGGCUAGUAAACUAAAAACUGACCUUUAAAAAAAAAUUAACAAGGUUAUUGCUGUUCCACAGUUUUUAUUACUCUCAUAGAAUAGCAGAGUGCCCUUGAAGACAUUUGAAAAUGGUGGAUGGAAGAGUCCUUGACAAGUCUAGUGCAGUUCUUUCAUUUCUUCUACCACUUGUUACACAGAUGUAGGUCCUCAGUGGCAAUUGGUGUGGUUCUUCCCCACUUGUUCAUAAAGGAUUGAACCAUUGUCAAACCUGACCCAACUGAGCCAAGAAAAUUCUCCCAGAAUUAUUUAAUAUGGACAGUAAGACAAGACUGAAAUCAUAAAGCACAAUGACAAUUAUGGCAGCACUCUAGUCUAGAUGGGAGGGAAGCUCAAGAGGGAGGGGAUAUGGGGAUAU